AUGCCGGCGAAGGACGAGGCGGACAUCCCCUCGAGGGAAAGCUCCGAAUAUGAGAAUGUCGACGUGGAAAAGGCCCAAUCUGGCCCCGAGAUGGACGUCGAGGAAGCUGUGGAGAAGGAACCCGAAAACACCCAAGAUGACAUCGGAAGUGAACUGGAGAAGCACCUCUCGAGAAAGAGUAGUAGGAAGCACAGACUCACGCCUGAGGUAUAUCCGGUGAUGGAUUUGGAGAAUAACCUGGUCGGAUGGGAAAGUCAAGAUGACCCUACACAUCCAAGGAACUUCGCGGAGAGGAGGAAGUGGUUCAUUCUAGGCCUCGUUUCCGCCAUCACCUUCCUCAGUCCAUUGGCCUCGUCCAUCUUCGCUCCCGGAAUCCCCUUUGUCAAUGCAGCCUUCCACAACUCGUCACAAAUUCUAGGCGCUUUCUCCGUCAGUGUCUUCGUCUUGGGAUUUGCUGUCGGGCCACUCUUCCUCAGUCCGCUCUCCGAGAUUUAUGGCCGCCGCAUUGUGCUCAAUGUGUCCAACGUCGUCUUCUGUGCGUUCAACCUGGGUUGCGCGCUCGCUCCUAGCCUAGGCGGCCUCAUCGUCAUGCGCCUCAUCGCCGGCACCGGAGGCUCCGCCUGUCUGACUAUUGGAUCCGGUGUCAUCUCCGAUCUCUUCCCCACAGAACAGCGCGGCAAGGCCAUGGCCAUGUACUCUCUCGGCAUUUUAUUCGGCCCCGUCCUCGGCCCUAUCUGUGGCGGCUUCAUUGCGCAGAGGGCAGGCUGGAGAUGGGAUUUCUGGGUCGUCUUCAUCGUUGCGUGCAUCCUCACCACGGGCAUUAUUGUCUUGAAUCGCGAGACGAACCACGUUGUCCUGCUCGACUGGAAGACGAACCGGCUCCGGAAGGAACUCGAGCGCCCGGAGUUGCAGAACAUUCUCACCCAUAACAAGGACGCUGCUGCCCGGAGCCGCAAGAACAUCCUGAAGCAGGGUUUCAUUCGACCGCUCAAGCUGCUCUUCAAGUCGCCAAUUGUGCUUCUCCUCAGCUUGUACAUGUCAUUUGUCUUCGGAUUACUCUUCCUUCUCUUUACCACUAUCACCCAGGUCUAUAUCCAGACCUAUGGCUGGUCACCCGAACUCUGUGGGUUGGCCUACCUCGGCGUCGGUCUAGGCAACUUCAUGGGCAUCAUUUUCGUUGCGAGGACUUCGGACGCUACUAUCAUCCGUCUCACAAAGAAGAACAACAACGUCUACGAGCCCGAGAUGCGCUUACCGACAUGCGUCUUCUUCGGCUUCUUGAUUCCCAUCUCAUUCUUCUGGUACGGCUGGGGAACAGACCAACACGUUCACUGGGUUGUCCCUAUAAUCGGGCUUCUCCCCUUCGGUUUCGGCAUGAUGGGCAUUUUCGCACCCAUCCAGACUUAUCUUGUCGAUGCCUUCCCGCAGUACGCAGCCUCCGCCAUCGCAGGCAUGACGUCCAUCCGAUGUCUCUUCGGCGCCGUGCUGCCGCUUGCCGGUCCUAGCAUGUACGAAAGUCUCGGGCUUGGGUGGGGCAAUUCGCUUCUGGGUUUCGUGGCCGUCGCUAUGAUUCCCUUCCCGGCGCUGAUUUAUAAAUAUGGCGGCAAGAUUCGGAAGAGGUGGCCUGUGCAGGUGUAG